CAAAUGGAUGUGACAGAGGGAGUCGGAGAACGAGAAUUACGUACAAGAAUAAAACGGUCAUUUUUUUUUCCAACCCAAACGAUAUAUCCGUAAAGGAAACGACAAACUGCGGCCUUUGACGCGAGGACGGCAUUCAACAGUGCGCGGUGCUGAGCUCAAGUAGCGGACCUGCUGAAGGCUACGCUGUAAAAAAAAAAACAAGGUGGAGGAGUGAGUGAAUCGACUGGCGACGAUAGCACGCCUCUUCAGUGUAGUCAUAACGCCGCUGCAGUUUCAUCCAUCGGAUCUGUGAGGAAAACCGUGAGUUUUGAGGAGUUUGCGCAAGAAAUGUGAUUUUUACGCACACGUCUAACGGAUGACGCGCAAUCCCGGCCACGAAUGCGCAUCGUGAGGCGCACGACUGAGAUCUUAAUUUUAAAAGAAGUUUUGUUUUUUGGGGGGUUUUUUUUAAUUGCGAGUGUGGCUCUUGUGGACUUUAACUUUUACAUCUUUGCUUAGAGUGAAGCCAGAUGAGAUGGAAGAGGAGCGGAAGGGGCUGGCAGGUGACCAGAAGUCGGUAAUGCCGAAAAACAGGGAGAGAUUCAACCCGGACCCAUCCAUCCACAUAUCCAAGAUGAAUGUGAUCAUCCCGUUCUCACCAGAUGUGCCCUGUGACAACAACGGCCAGCGGAUGUGGUGGGCUUUCCUCGCCUCCUCCAUGGUCACUUUCUUUGGGGGUCUCUUCAUAAUCCUGCUGUGGAGAACUCUCAAAUACCUGUGGACCGUAUGCUGCCACUGUAACGCCAAAAAGAAGGAGGUCCAUCGGAUCACCACGGGCGAUGGUAUUAAACGCACGGACAAGGAUGAUGCAGCGGCCAGCGAGGUGGGCUGGAUGACCUCGGUUAAAGAUUGGGCCGGAGUCAUGAUAUCUGCUCAGACGCUGACAGGAAGAGUCCUGGUGGUGCUCGUUUUUGCACUCAGCAUCGGAGCCCUUGUGAUAUACUUCAUAGAUUCCUCUGAUCCCAUCGAGUCCUGUCAGAACUUCUACAAAGACUUCACGUUGCAGAUUGACAUGGCAUUCAACGUCUUCUUCUUGCUCUACUUUGGCCUCCGUUUUAUUGCUGCCAAUGACAAGCUGUGGUUCUGGCUGGAGGUGAACUCUGUGGUGGACUUCUUCACCGUUCCUCCAGUGUUUGUGUCAGUGUACCUGAACAGGAGCUGGCUUGGUUUGAGGUUUUUAAGGGCCUUAAGAUUGAUACAGUUCUCAGAAAUUUUACAGUUUUUGAAUAUACUAAAGACAAGCAACUCGAUUAAGCUGGUGAACCUGUGUUCAAUCUUCAUAAGCACAUGGCUAACUGCAGCAGGGUUCAUUCAUUUGGUGGAAAACUCAGGGGAUCCUUGGGAAAACUUCCAAAAUUCCCAGGCACUUUCCUACUGGGAAUGUGUCUACUUACUCAUGGUUACAAUGUCCACUGUUGGCUAUGGAGACGUGUAUGCAAAAACCACCCUGGGCCGCCUGUUUAUGGUCUUCUUCAUCCUUGGUGGUUUGGCCAUGUUUGCAAGCUACGUCCCUGAAAUCAUAGAGUUAAUAGGAAACCGCAAGAAAUAUGGUGGUUCCUAUAGUGCGGUUAAUGGGAGAAAGCACAUCGUGGUCUGUGGUCAUAUAACACUUGAAAGUGUAUCCAACUUUCUAAAAGACUUCCUACACAAGGACAGGGAUGAUGUCAAUGUAGAAAUUGUUUUUCUCCAUAAUAUUUCCCCUAAUCUUGAGCUGGAAGCCUUGUUCAAGCGCCACUUCACCCAGGUAGAGUUUUACCAAGGAUCUGUCCUAAAUCCACAUGACCUGGCCAGAGUCAAGAUUGAAUCAGCUGACGCCUGCUUAAUCUUAGCCAACAAAUACUGCGCUGACCCCGAUGCCGAGGACGCAUCCAACAUCAUGAGAGUAAUAUCUAUCAAGAACUACCACCCAAAGAUCAGGAUAAUCACUCAGAUGUUGCAGUACCACAAUAAGGCCCACCUUUUGAACAUCCCAAGCUGGAACUGGAAGGAGGGAGAUGACGCCAUUUGCCUUGCAGAACUCAAGCUUGGGUUCAUCGCCCAGAGCUGCCUGGCUCAGGGCCUCUCCACCAUGCUGGCCAACCUUUUCUCCAUGAGGUCCUUCAUCAAGAUUGAGGAGGAUACAUGGCAGAAGUAUUACCUUGAAGGAGUAGCCAAUGAAAUGUACACAGAGUACCUGUCCAGUGCCUUUGUGGGUCUGUCCUUCCCAGUAAUUUGCGAACUCUGCUAUGUGAAGCUAAAGCUGCUGCUGAUAGCUAUAGAGUACAAGUCUGAUCAAGGGGAAAGCAGCACCCUGAUAAACCCUGGAAACCACGUGAAAAUGCAGGAGGGGACCUUGGGCUUCUUUAUUGCCAGCGAUGCCAAAGAAGUAAAGAGGGCACUGUUUUAUUGUAAGGCCUGCCACGAUGACAUAACUGAUCCCAAAAGGAUAAAGAAAUGUGGAUGCAAGAAAUCCAAGACGCCUGCCUACAAGAAAAUGAAACUGGCAUGUUGUUUUGAUUGCGGUCGCUCAGAGCGGGACUGCACUUGCAUGCCGGUUAAUGUGCGUUGUAACAUGGACUCCCCUCAACGGGACAUCCCACUCUCUGCUGUCUCUGUUAAUGAUUGCUCAGCCACUUUACGUGCCUCUAAAAAUAGCUAUAAUGGAUAUAUCAAAUCAAUUCAAGAGGACCAACAAUCAGCACUAUCACCCAAAAAAAAGCAACGUAAUGGAGGCAUGAGGAAUUCUCCAAACUCCUCACCUAAGAUUAUGAGACAUGACCCACUCCUCAUCCUGGGAAACGAGCAGAUUGAGAGCAUGGACGAGAACGUAAAGAAAUACGACUCCACGGGGAUGUUUCACUGGUGCCCGUCCAAAGACAUUGAGAAGGUCAUCUUGACACGGAGUGAGGCAGCCAUGACUGUUCUGAGCGGUCAUGUGGUCGUGUGCAUAUUUGGAGACGUGAAAUCAGCGGUGAUCGGUCUCCGAAACUUUGUGAUGCCUCUGAGAGCAAGCAACUUUCACUACCAUGAGCUGAAGCAUAUUGUGUUUGUCGGCUCCCUUGAGUAUCUGAAGCGGGAAUGGGAAACUCUUCAUAAUUUCCCCAAAGUCUCCAUUCUGCCCGGCACACCGUUGAGUAGGGCAGAUCUGAGGGCUGUCAACAUCAACCUCUGCGACAUGUGUGUCAUUCUGUCAGCCAAUCAGAACAAUAUUGACGAUGCAUCACUGCAGGACAAAGAAUGCAUCUUGGCGUCACUCAACAUCAAAUCUAUGCAGUUUGAUGACAGCAUCGGGGUCUUGCAGGCUAAUUCUCAAGGCUUCACACCACCAGGAAUGGAUAGAUCAUCUCCUGAGAAUAGUCCAGUCCAUGGACUGGUGAGGCAGACCUCUGUCACCACUGGAGCAAACAUCCCCAUCAUAACAGAGCUAGCACCAUUAGCAAAGCCAGGCAAAAAACUGCCUGUGAUUUCAUUCAGUCAGGAUAAAAGCAGUGGGACCAGCAUACAAAUGAUAACUGAGCUGGUGAAUGACUCGAAUGUUCAGUUCCUGGAUCAAGAUGAUGACGACGACCCAGACACAGAGUUGUACCUCACACAGCCUUUUGCCUGUGGGACAGCAUUCGCAGUCAGUGUGCUGGAUUCCUUAAUGAGUGCGACAUACUUCAAUGAUAAUAUCCUCACCUUGAUCCGGACGCUGGUAACGGGCGGGGCGACACCGGAGCUGGAGGGGCUGCUGGCAGAGGAGAAUGCAUUAAGAGGUGGAUACAGCACACCACAGACCCUGGCAAACAGGGACAGGUGUCGCGUGGCACAGCUGGCCUUGUACGAUGGGCCCUUUGCCGACCUCGGGGAUGGUGGUUGUUAUGGUGACCUGUUUUGUAAAGCCCUAAAAACGUAUAACAUGUUGUGUUUUGGCAUCUAUCGGCUACGAGACGCACAUCUAAACACACAAAACCAGUGUACCAAACGAUAUGUCAUAACCAAUCCACCGUAUGCAUUUGAGCUGGUGCCCUCAGACCUGAUAUUCUGCCUGAUGCAGUUUGACCACAACGCUGGCCAGUCUCGAACCAGCCUCUCCCAUUCUUCCCAUUCAUCCCAUUCUUCAAGCAAAAAGAGUUCCUCCGUCCACUCUAUCCCCACCACCAACCGCACCAACCGAGCCAAAAGCAGGGACUCGCGAGACAAACAAAAAAAAGACAUGGUUUACAGAUGAGCAACAGAAUACCCACCAGAGGACCAUAAAGCUCAAGCCUGUGAAUACUCUCGCUGUCAAUCACAUCAGUCGAUAUACCGUACAUCCGCAAGCAGCUUGAUUCCACCCAUCAGAGAAGCAGAGCACA